AUUGGGGCUGUUCACAGGGAGUUGGCCUGUUUCCAGGUAAUUUCUUCUCUGCACUACUCCGUGGUUUUGGGAUAUCCCUGGCUUCAGAAGCACAAUCCGACCUUUAAUUGGUGGUCGGCUGAGAUUCUCUCGUGGUCUCCACAGUGUGGGGCCGGUUGCAUCCGUUGCCUUUUUGGACUACAUCAUUUCCGCUGUGGGAUUCUCCAUGGGCCCCCCAGAAUGUUUCAGGGGUUCUGCAGUGGCCUCGUCCCAGUGGUCUGGCCAAGCCUCUCUCAGAUCUGACCAA